AUGUCAGAUAUAAAAUUCAAAAUUCAUCCAAAAAAAUCUUAAGAGUUUGAUAGAUCUAAAUUGUUGAAAGAGAGAAAGGAAAUAGUUUAGGCAUUUGAGUAAUAGUGGAUAAAAGAAUCAAUAGAUCCUAUUAGAUAUAAGAAGGGAAUAAAAAUAAAGAAUUAUGUUGAUUUAGGCAAAUACGAAGGUGAAUUGGUUAAUGAUAAAAGAUGUGGCAAAGGCAUAUAUCAUUAUAGUAAUGGGGACAUUUAUAUUGGAGAAUGGAGAGACGAUAGGUAUAAGAGAAAGCACAUUGUAGGUUUCAUGGGAAAGGAGUUUAUUUAUUUGUAAAUGGAGAGAGAUAUGAGGGAGAUUUGAGAGAUAGCACAAAGCAUGGUCGUGGAAUAUAUUUAUAUGAGAAUGGUAAUACAUAUGAAGGAGAGUGGGCAAAUGAUAAAAAAAAUGGUAAUGGAACAUAUUCAUACUUUAUAAAUAAUGAGAAAUUUGAAGGAUAAUGGUUGGAAGGGGAGAAACAUGGAAAAGGUAUGUACAUAUAUACAAGUGGUGAUAAAUAUUAUGGAGAUUGGAGAGAUGGAACAAAAUCAGGAUAGGGUAUUUUUGAGUAUUUAAAUGGAUCAAGAUUUGAAGGAGAAUUUUAAGAUGAUAAAGCUAAUGGGUAUGGAAUAAUGGAAUAUUAAAAUGGAGAUAAAUAUGAAGGAGAUUGGAUAGGAGGUUUAAAAUAAGGACAAGGAAUAUAUUAUUAUUUUGAUGGAUCAAAGUAUGAAGGAGAAUGGAGGAAUGAUCAUUAAUAUGGAUAUGGAAUAUUUCAUUACAUUAAUGGUGAUAGAUAUGAAGGAUAAUUUAUAGAUGGAGAACGUUGUGGAAAAGGAGUUUAUAUAUAUAGUUGUGGAGAUAAAUAUGAAGGAGAAUAUAGGAAUGAUGAAAGAAAUGGAAUAGGAAGGUUGCAAAUGAUUAAUAAUGAUAUAUAUAUUGGUGAAUGGUUGAAUGGAAGAAGAAAUGGUAAGGGAAAAUAUGAAUAUGCUAAUGGAGAUUAUUAUGAAGGCUUCUUUUAAGAUGGAAUUAGAUCUGGCAAAGGAAUAUACUGUUGGAAAAAUGGAGAUAAAUGUUUUGGAUAAUGGAAAAAUGAUUAUAUGAUUGGAGAAGGAGAAUACUUGCCAUAAAAUUGA